CUGAAAAGGGUAGCCAUCAAUUUAGACCUUCCAUAUCUUCUUUCACCUUCUAAAAUUCCUCACCAUGGCCAAAACACUAAACUUUCUGUUUUCCACCAUGUUUGUAAUCCUUUUGAAUCCUACCACCACGAGAUCUCAUAGUUUCUCGAGAAAUUUAUCUCCAAAGACUCUAGGCUUUAAAAAAGAGAAAUUGACUCACCUUCACUUCUUCUUUCAUGACACAAUCACAAGUAAAAACCCUACUGCAGUUCCUAUCAUUAGACCAGCUAUUAACUCUUCAACGGGUUUUGGAACGUUGUUCAUGGUGGAUGAUCCUUUGACAACGGAGCCCAAUAUCAAUUCAAAGCUUGUAGGAAGAGCACAAGGGAUGUAUGCUUCAGCAUCUAAAAGUGAAAUAGGGUUUUUGAUGAUUCUCAAUUUUGUAUUCUUGGAAGGAAAAUAUAAUGGGAGCACACUUAGUCUUUUAGGACAUAAUGCUAUUUUUUCCGAGGUUAGGGAAAUGCCCAUUGUUGGUGGGAGUAGGGUGUUCCGAUUCGCACGUGGCUAUGCUCAAGCAAGAACUCAUACCGUAAAUCUCAAAACCCUAAAUGCUAUCGUGGAGUAUAAUGUUUAUGUCUCCCAUUAUUGAUAUUAUACAUAUAUUUUCCACUA